AUGUGUCUCUGCCCUGACUAUUCUAGUAGGCCUGGUCUCUCCUCGACACCAAACCUGAUCCCUCCACGAAUUGAGUUGUUGGUAGUACUGGGUCGAGUCUGGGAGGGCGGCGAGACGUUGAGCCUAUCGGUUGCAUCACUGUCGAUUAUGCGCGCGGUUGGAAUGCGUCUUACAGGACGCCGCAUUGCCCACUACAAAGUAAAACAAAAGCUACGAACCAAGGUCCUACCACCCCACACCGCCAAUAAGGAGAUUUCCCACACCGCCCAAUCACACAGUCCCCAUUCCCAUCCAUUAAUCUGCACACUUCCCCCAAACCUCAAAACUCUAAACUUAGGCAUCAAGCCCCCAGCUUUACGCGUAAUAUCACCUACGAAGUUUCCCAUGCAUGAGAAGCUUUUGGUCACUUUACCAGCCCCCCUUCCUGAGUUGCGCGAGAGAAACCACGUCCUGUUACAAGUCAACAUGAUGAGCGUGCACUACCUCGAGGAGAUAUCUAGCGGCUGCAGGGACCGUGUGUCCCUAUCAAUUCGCUGGAAUCAGGCACGUCUAGUUGUACAUCUUGAUCCCUCUCCUACAGGGGGCACUAUGGAGGACUCCUUGAUCCAGGAGUACAACGCCGCGUGCAUAAACGAGGACUACGACGAGGAGGAGACCAUGUCCGACCGGAUCCUCGAUGCCAUCAUUGAAUCUGGAAGGGCAGCGUUUGACGAACUCGCCCCGCCUGCUGAUUCCCCUACAUCAUCUUCCUCAUCUGACCUCCACUCCCUUCUUUUCCCCGAAGAGUUCACCUUUCGUUUUCGAACGCUAAACAAUAAGUCGGAAGUGAGUCUCGUAAACAGUGGAGGGUCACUCAAACAGGCCCAAGGCUUGUUUCAGCUCACCGUUAGCGAGGACAUAGAUGCCCCUGGGUUCUCGACCAAGGAUAUUCGCGUCCUGCAAAAGCAGAUUGGCGAUGGCUACAUCGCCCACGUUCUGGCGGGUGGUCAGGAGAUGUGCGCUAAAGUCGGGGAUGACACCAGCGCGGAAGCCAUGCAACGCGAACUUUCCACCUUGGCCAAGAUCCGCGCUUCCAGGUACGUGGAUAUACUCCGCGUCCCAAAGCUGCUUGGCCUGGUGCAGACGCCGGAAGACGGAAGAAUCAUUGGCAUUCUGGAGCGACUCGUUCCGGACGUCCCUGAGCUAUCAAGCCUCGCAGAUGUGGAGACGCCGGCCUCGAUCGACCACACCCGGCGCAAGAAGUGGGCAUCGCAAGUCGAGGAAACAGUUCGUCUCCUCCACCAGCUCGGAUUGACCUGGGGCGACGGCAAGGCAUCAAACGUAUUAAUCGACCGCGACACUGAUGACGCAUGGGUUGUUGACUUUGGUGGGGGGUGGACAGACGGAUGGGUUGAAAGGGAGUUGAGCGGGACUGUAGAGGGUGAUGAAAUGGCCCUAAGAAAGAUUGUAGAAUGGUUAGAGGUUUAA